AUGUCAUCCGCCGCCGUCCCCGAGAAAGCCCCCGAUGAUUCCUCUAAGCUCAAGACAUUCCUCUCCAUUCUGCGCAAGUUUGUCGGUGUGACAGAUAUCGCCUCAGUCCGUUUCUCGUUGCCGGCCCAGCUGCUGGAGCCCCGGCCGAAUCUGGAAUACUGGAAUUAUUUGGAUCGACCGGAGACCUUUGCAAGCAUCGGCAAAUCGGACGAUGAACUGGGGCGGAUGCUCGAAGUGUUGAGGUUCUGGUUUACCAAGGACCUGAAAUACAUAAAGGGAAAGCCAUGCAAGCCAUACAACUCCACACUGGGAGAAUUUUUCCGAUGCAGCUGGGAGGUCCAAGAUCUCGUUCCGGAGGAGGUGAACCUGCCCGGAGUUCCCACAGUCAGCAAUGGAACUACCGUGAAAGGUGACGAUGAGAUAGUCCAAGUGUGCUACUUGACUGAGCAGACCUCUCAUCACCCUCCAGUCUCAGCCUUUUACAUUGACUGCCCAGAACGAGGCGUCUCAGCGCGAGGAUUUGAUCAAAUCAGCGCAAAAUUCACCGGCACCAGCAUUCGGGUUAGCCCUGGCCAGCACAAUCUGGGCAUAUUCGUGAACAUCGAGAAGAGAAACGAGGAGUACCAGUUGACUCACCCUCACGCCCAUCUCGGAGGUCUUCUUCGAGGAGCCCUGGCAAUUACCGUGUCGGAUGCAUGCUACAUGACAUGCCCCAAGACACGUAUCAAGGCGAUUUUACAAUAUAUGGAGGAGGGAUGGAUUGGCCGGUCCCAGCACAGACUUGAAGGCGUGGUCUUUCGCUAUGAUCCCGACGAUGAUAACAUCACAAAGGUCAAAGACGUCGCCGAGAGUGAUGUUCUUGCUCGGAUCAGUGGGUCCUGGCAUGGCAAGAUCUACUACACUCCUAUAGGUUCAAAGGAACCCCGUCUCCUCAUUGACAUCACGCCCCUCUUCCCCGUGGACAAGAUUCUCCCUCCCGUCGACAAGCAACUGUCUAACGAAUCCUUGAAGUUUUGGGGCCAAGUGACGAAUGCGAUUGUCGACAAACAAUUCACCGAAGCUACCCGAAUUAAACAAGAGAUUGAGGAGCGCCAGCGCCAGAAAGCCGCUGAGCGCAAGGAACAAGCUGAGGAAUGGAAACCUCGAUUCUUCAUCGGCGCUGUGACUCCAUUAGGCAGACCUGAAUUGACAGAGGAGGGCCGCAAGGCUUUGGAGGGUGUACGAACUCGGGAGUAUGCCUUGGAAGAAAGUACAGUGCAAGGCGCAUAG